CUUUCCAGUAUCACCAUGGCACUCUCCGUGCGAACCUCUGGACUGCCCCAGCGGCUCUCUUCCCAGAGCGGGACACUGGGCAGAGCCAGGGGCAUGUCUUCCUCCAGCAUCGGAAGCAGCUAUGCGGGAAGUGCCUUUGGCUUUGGAGGCAGCUAUGCGGGUGGCUUUUCUGCUGCCUCCAUGUUUGGUUCUAGUUCUGGCUUGGGUGGUGGCUCUGCCAGUUCCUUUGCAGGAGGAAUGGGCACUGGUUACGGGGGAGCCAUGGGAGGUGGCUUUGGGGCCCUGGGGAUCGCAUUUGGGGGAAGCCCAGGAGGUGGGUCUCUUGGCAUCCUCUCGGGCAACGAUGGAGGACUUCUUUCUGGAUCAGAAAAGGAAACUAUGAAAAAUCUUAACGACAGAUUGGCGUCCUACCUGGAUAAGGUUCGAGCUCUAGAAGAGGCGAACACCGAGCUAGAAAACAAAAUUCGAGAAUGGUACGAAACCCGAGGAUCUGGGGCUGGAGACCCCAGGUCACAGAAUGAUUACAGUAAAUACUAUCCAUUGAUUGAAGACCUCAGGAAUAAGAUCAUUUCUGCCAGCAUUGCAAACGCCCAGCUCAUCCUGCAGAUCGACAAUGCAAGACUAGCUGCUGAAGACUUCAGGAUGAAAUACGAGAAUGAGCUGGCCCUGUGCCAGAACGUGGAAGCUGACAUCAACGGCCUGCGCAGGGUGCUGGACGAGAUGACCCUGGCCAGAGCCGACCUGGAGAUGCAGAUAGAGAAUCUCCAGGAGGAGUUGGCCUAUCUGAAGAAGAACCACGAGGAGGAGCUCCAAAGCUUCCAUGCAGGAGGCCCAGGCCAGGUCAGCGUAGAAAUGGACGCUGCCCCCGGAGUGGACCUCACCAGGCUCCUCAACGACAUGCGGGCACAGUAUGAAGCCAUCGCUGAGCAGAACCGGAAGGACGCGGAAGCCUGGUUCAUCGAAAAGAGCGGGGAGCUCAGGAAGGAGAUCAGCACCAACACGGAGCAGCUUCAGUCCAGCAAGAGCGAGGUCACCGACCUGCGGCGCGCGCUUCAAAACCUGGAGAUCGAGCUCCAGUCCCAGCUCGCCAUGAAGAAAUCCCUAGAGGACUCGUUGGCCGAAACCGAGGGCGACUACUGCGGCCAGCUGUCCCAGGUGCAGCAGCUCAUCGGCAGCCUGGAGGAGCAGCUGCUGCAGGUGCGCGCCGACGCCGACCGCCAGAACGCCGACUACCAGCGGCUGCUGAACGUCAAGACCCGCCUGGAGCUGGAGAUCGAGACCUACCGCCGCCUGCUGGACGGCGAAGCCCAAGGUGACUCUUUGGAUGAAAGUUCAUAUGUGAUGACAGCCUCCAAAUCUCAAGCACCAUCAACUGAUUCCUCUAAAGACCCCACCAAAGCCCGAAAAAUCAAGACAAUCGUGCAGGAGGUGGUGAAUGGUGAAGUGGUCUCAUCCCAAGUUCAGGAAAUUGAAGAACUAAUGUAAAGUUUCACAAGAUCUGCCCCAUGAUUAGUUCCUUAGGAACAAGAAAGUUACAAGUAGAAAUUAUUCCUUUUAGAGUAAGAUGAUAUAUUAGUUUAAUCUCCACUUCUGUUUAUUUCAU